CACUCCCUCUGGUUAUGAGCUCCGCUCAUUUUCAGGAAACUCUCCAAAACCCCCUAAUGAGGUAGAGUACAGGGUAUGGCGACUUAGAGCUAAACAGGUACUAAAUGACUCUACCCUUUCCGAAGGGCAGCAGCGCCGUGUUUUCCUCGAUAGCUUGGCUAGCCCUGCUUUGAAUGUGGCCCUUUCUAUUGGGUCUCAAGCACCACCAAAAGACUAUCUCGAUGAGCUUGACAAGGCUUAUGGCAAUGUCACUGGAGGUGAAGAGCUGUAUAUCCAGUACCUAGAGACUCAUCAGAAUAGUGGAGAAAAGGCAUCUGAUUACUUGCGCCGACUCCAGACGUUGCUGCAGGAGGUAGUUGACGGUAAUGGCAUACCUAGAAGUGAUUUUGAUGUUCAGCUACUAAAGCAGUUCCUCAGAGGUUGCUGGGAUGACUCUCUAAUUGCCACUCUGCAUCUAAAAGAAAUAGUGGGAUCUGCACAUCAUGUUAUUCCCACUUUCUCAGAGCUGCUUUUUAAAAUCAGAACACAUGAGAAAGAGAGUCAGUUAAAAGAAAUGCGCAGGAGACGUUACAUGAGCGGCACCUCAACUAAAGUGCAGGCUCGAACACUCGUAGCCACAGAUGACGGCAGGCCUUCUGGCACCCUCCCACAGCGCUGGAUGCUUGUACCAGAGAGCAACUGGAGGAAAAGAAAAAAAAAGAGGAGUGGAGGAAGUAUGUUCGCCCCCUUGUACAUGCUUAUAACUGUACAAAACAUGACGCAACUGGAGAAGCGCCCUUCCUUCUGAUGUUUGGUAGAGAGCCACGCCUUCCGAUUGAUCUCUGUUUUGGACAUAGUCCACGUGGCCACAGCACCAGAACACAUAUUCAGUAUGUACGAGAACUAAAGAGUAGGCUGAAGUAUGCAUACGACCUAGCCUCAAGAAAUGCUGAGAAGAGACAAUUGUUGAACAAAAGACGCUGGGAUGCUAAGGUUACUGCCCUUCCAUUGGAAGUGGGUGACAGAGUCCUGGUAAGGAAUCUGAGCCUAAGAAAGAAACACAAAAUCUCUGAUAAGUGGGAGCCUAUUGUGCACAUCGUUGUUAAGCAGACGGAUGAGUCUAUCCCGGUUUAUGUGAUUAGGCCAGAGGAUGCAGAGGGCAGAGAGCGAGUUCUGCAUCGUGACAUGCUUCUUCCCUGUGGGUUCCUACCGGUUAACCUGCAAUGUGACAGUCAGGAUGUGCUAACCAGUUCGGUUCAACCUCUCAUGAGAGUGGAUGCAGGGAGCAACACAGAAGAAACUCGGCUGGAGGAGGAGUUUGGGCAAGACGAGGAAAUAAACUUUACAUCCAGCCAAUUUCCUGACAAUGACUUGUUGGCGGAUCAAAGGGAUGUUCUGGGAGAACAGGAGGCGUCCCAGCCACAGUAUCCUCUGAAUCCUGGGGCACCUGAAUUCAUUGUAGAUCUGACAGGAUCGGAGACAGCAAACGAUGAGGAGGUGCUCAGCCCAGCCCCAACAUGUGGUAGGCCACAAAGGAGGAGAGUGCCACCGGCUUAUCUCAGUGACUAUCAGGUCGGCUACAAAGUCGAUUGUAAGCAUCACAGUUCCAAUGUGCCGAUGACACUUGCAUUGCUCAAUAACUUUUUCCUGUCAUUACAACAACAGAUUGCUGGGUUAGUGCAAUCUCUGUCGGGUGAUAGUGACGGGGACGUCACACUUUAAGCAGGGGUGGAUGUAACCCAGUGUUAAUUUGGUUAUCUAGCGGGAGGGGCUAUGAGCUCACGUGGCUUGUAGCUGUGCCAGAGAGCAAGCUGGGGUGAGCUAGCGGGGAAUAUCGCCUUCUGCAGUAGCCUUGAAAAGGACUAUUGUUCGUUCUCCUGCCAGACGCUUCGCUGCUGUGCUGCCUUACUGCUGUG